AUGCAGAAAGAUGAAAUGUCUUCUCCCAAUACUUUCUAUCUUAACCAGUCUGCUACUACAGAGUUUGUUUUCCAAGUGUUCACCACCUCCCCCAGGAUCCAGGCCCUGCUCUUCUGCUUCUUUCUCCUUCUUUAUAUAAUGACCCUCUGUGGUAACACCACUAUAAUCUGGGCUGUGUAUACCCACACAUCCCUCUGUACCCCCAUGUACUUUUUUCUGUCCAAUCUAUCCCUCGUAGAGAUCUGUAACACCACGGCUGUGGUACCACUGAUGCUCUCCAAUAUCUUUAAGUCCCAAAAGCCCAUCCCAUUGGCUGGCUGUGCAGCUCAGAUGUUCCUGUUUUGCACCCUUGGUGGUACUGAUUUCUUAUUGGCCAUCAUGGCAUAUGACCGCUAUGGGGCCAUCUGUCAUCCCCUGCACUACACCCUUAUUAUGACCCAGAAGCGAUGUAUCCAGCUCAUGGUUGCCUCCCUGGGCUUGGCUGUAUACCUUAAUCCGCAACUCACAAUAUUGAUCUUCACUGUUCCCUUCUAUGGUCAUUGCCUGGAGAUCAAUCACUUCUUCUGUGAUGCCCCACCUGUCUUACGUCUCACCUGUGGUGACAUUCGAGUGCCACAAGCUGUUCUAUUUGUUAUGGGUGUCUUUGUUCUGACUGUGCCCUUUGUGCUCAUCUCCAUUUCCUAUAUCUUUAUCGCCAACACUAUUCUACGAAUUUGCUCUGCAGAAGGCUGUAGGAGGGCAUUUUCCACCUUCUCCUCCCAUCUCUCUGUGGUCCUACUGCAGUAUGGCUGUUGCACCCUGGUCUAUAUGCGUUUUAAGUCCAGCACCUCAGAGGAUGAUGAUCAAUUGGCAGCUGCUAUCUAUACUUUUGUCACCCUCUGCUCAACCCCUCAUUUCACCCCUAGGAAUAAGGAUGUCAAAGAAGCACUGAAAAUCCAAGCGCACAGCAGCCUCUGA